CAGCAGAUCGCGAUUCGUACAGCGCCUUCAGUUCUGCCUUCGGUCUGCUACAAGUAAGACGUACAUUUCAUGUGCCAUCCUCUCGUCGUCAUGCCGUGGUACGUGCGAAUACUGGUGGUGAUAAGCUUGCUGGGGUCCAGUUGGGGGGUGCUGGUGGUAGGUCCGAAAUUUGUACGUUCCAACCAAGAGUAUGCGUUGGUGAUUAGCAACUUCAACUCGGGAUCGAGCAAAGUUAACUUGAUGCUGCAUAUGGAAGGGUUCAGCAAGAAUCAAACCAGCGUCUUUGCCAUCCGAAAGCCGGUCGAUGUGCGGCGGUUUAUGAGCCGUAUCGUGAGCUUCGAUAUUCCGAACAUUGCCUCGCCGGUUGAUAUAAAGUUGACCAUGGUUGGACAGCGAGGCUUCAGCUUUCACGAGGAAGAGCAUCUUGUGCAUCGUAGCAAAUCGAUAUCGGGGCUGAUACAGAUCGAUAAGCCCGUCUUUAGGCCGGGUGAUUUGGUGAAGUUUCGUGCGAUAGUGCUCGAUACGGAGCUGAAGCCUCCGGCGAGAAUCAAAUCGGUAAACGUGACGAUUCAGGAUCCUCAUCAAAAUAAAAUCCGUGGGUGGCCAGCGGCCAAGCUGUACGCUGGAGUGUUCGAGAACGAUCUACAGCUAGCGCCUGCUCCAUUGCUCGGGGUAUGGAACAUCACGGUGCAGGUGGGAGAAGAGCAGCUCGUUUUCAAGACGUUUGAGGUGAAAGAGUACGUGUUGACGUCUUACGAUGUGCAAGUCAUGCCAUCGGUGAUGCCACUGGUGGAGCAUCAAACUCUGAAUCUGACAAUCGUGGCGAAUUAUCACUUUGGUAAGCCCGUGCAGGGAGUGGCUAAAGUUGAGCUGUACUUGGUGGACGAUACGCUAGAUCAGAAGAAAGAGCUUACUAUGUAUGGAAUGGGACAGGUGGAGUUAAGAUUCAACGAGCUGCUGGAAUUGUACGAAGAUCAGCAGGACGUGCGAGUGAAGCUUACCUUUACGGAGCAGCACACGAAUCGAACUGUGGUGAAGGAACAGGCCAUCACCAUGUACAAGCAUCCGUAUCGAGCACAGUUGACAAAGGAGAGCCCACAGUUCCGUCCGGGGACUCCUUUCAAGUGUACGCUAACGCUAAUCUAUCACGAUGGCAGACCCGCUGGACACGUUCCCUUCUUUGUAAAUGUCGAAGGAGAAGAUGUAGAUCAUCAGCAGACGUACACAACCGGGCGCGAUGGUACUAUCAAGCUUCUGAUGCGUCCAACAGAGUUAACUGAAACAAUCGAUAUAACUGUUUCCGAAGAUAAUAGUGAGUUCACGUACACCGAGCGAAUAGAGAAGGUCCACGCAGAUACGAAUGUCUUUCUAAAGCUCGAACUGAAAUCACCCAUAAAGCUUGGCAAACUGAUACGCCUCAUGGUUACGUGCAAUGAGCGGAUGACAUUUUUCAUCUACUACGUGAUAUCCAAGGGUAAUAUAGUGGACGCGGGCUUCGUGCGUCCAAACCGGCAGACAAAGUUCAUGUUUCAGCUCACUGCAUCGGAAAAAAUGAUACCGAAAGCGCACAUUUUCGUAGCCACCGUGUCGCAGGACGUUGUGGUUUGGGACUCGCUCGAGAUCGAUUUGAAGCAGUUUAGCAAUCAUAUGGACAUAAUAAUUGAUGAGAAGGAAUUAAAGCCAGGACAGGAAAUAGAGCUACUGCUGAAGGGACGGCCCAGUGCGUACGUUGGGCUUGCCGCAUACGAUAAGGGUUUGCUAGCGUACUCCAAACAGCACGAUCUAUUUUGGGAAGAUGUAAUGCAGGUGUUUGACACCUUUCACGCAACGGAUCAGAAUGAGUUUGAUGUGUUUAAUAGUAUGGGACUGUUUGCAAGAUUGUCGGGAGGUAACAGGAUAGGAGCCAGCCCCACAACUACCGAGCGCUUCGGUAGCGCAGCUUCCCGGCCAAUUUCUAGGCUGGUUGCUUAUAGGACAAACUUCCUGGAAUCGUGGCUGUGGCAAAAUGUGUCUAUUGGACGUACAGGGAGUCGCACAGUGCACGAAGUUCUACCGGAUACGACCACCUCCUGGUAUCUGACGGGCUUCUCGAUCGAUCCCGUGUACGGGUUGGGUAUCAUCAAGAAGCCGAUCGAGUUUAUCACAGUUAAACCGUUCUACAUCGUCGACAGCUUGCCAUAUUCGAUCAAGCGAGGCGAAGCGGCCGUGUUGCAGUUUACGCUGUUCAACAACCUUGGAGCGGAGUAUAUAGCCGAUGUGACGCUGUACAAUGUGGCCAACCAGACCGAGUUCAUCGAACGUCCAGAUAAGGAUCUCAGCUACACCAAAUCCGUGAGCGUUCCUCCAAAAGUUGGCGUACCGAUCUCAUUUGGUGUAAAGGCCCGCAAACUCGGCGAGAUGGUGGUUCGCAUUAAGGCCUCCAUUAUGACGGGCAAGGAAACGGACGCAAUGGAGAAGGUGAUACGAGUGAUACCCGAAAACAUAAUGUUCGAGAAAACUGAAACACGUUUCUUCAGUAUGGAUGAAUACGGAAAGCAAGAGUUUAACAUGCAACUAGACAUUCCCAAGAAUAUCAGCACAGUACAAAUAGAGUGUCGCAUAUCCUCAAACCUACUCUCGCCGGUCAUUCACAAUCUGGACAGUCUGCUCGAUGUGCCCAGUGCAUCGGGUGCACCGAGCAUGAUCAACUUCAUCCCUCCGCUGGUGGUGCUCGACUACCUCAAAGCAGUCAGCUCGACCACAACGCACCUGAUCGAGAAGGCGACUGGGUUGCUGAGAAACGGGUACCAGCUGGAGCUGAAGUACCGGCAGCGCGACGGUUCGUUCGGCAACUGGCGAGACUCCAAAGGCAGCGUGUUCGUAACCGCGCUGGUGGGAACAUCGUUAGAAGCAGCGUCCAAGCACAUUACCGAGGUGGAUUUAACAUUGGUCGAUCGGCUGUUCGAGUGGCUUGCUGCGAAACAGCACAGCUCGGGCCGGUUCGAUGAAGAGCAACCGAUCACGUACCACAGCUUGCAAGGUGGUUCGCGUAAUGGUAUUGCCCUUACGUCGUUUGUGCUGAUUGCAUUCUUGCAAAACACGAAAGCUUCCGCACAGCAUCGGAGCAUUAUAGAAAAGGGCAUCCAGUACGUUGCAAAUCAACUGGAAAGCAUUGCGGAUGUAUACGACCUCUCACUGGCAACGUAUGCCUUAAUGCUUGCUGAUCAUCGUCAGAAAUCUUCCGCACUGAACAAGCUAAUUGAACUGGGAAUCGCUACCAACGAGACGAGGUACUGGCCGCGACAUACCGCAUCGAUCGAAACGACCGCAUACGCUUUGCUGAGCUUGGUGCACGCCAAACGGUACGCGGACGGUCUCAUGGUAAUGCACUGGUUAGUAAACCAACAAUCCGCCACUGGAAGCUUUCCCCGUACCCAGGAUACGUUUGUGGGGAUAAGGGCACUCGCCGCGCUAUCUGAGGCCAUUGCACCACAGAAGAACGAUUACACCGCGAUUGUACUGCACGGUAAAGCGCGUAAGGUGUACAAAGUGGCAGCAUCGGAGGCGGACCAGGAAUAUCGCGACGAGCUGCCGGGGGACAGUAAACUGGUGCGUUUCAGCGCAAAUGGCCGGGGGUUCGGGAUGUUCACGGUCGCUUUUCAGUACGGGAUCGAUGUGAGAAAUAUAGAGCAUGGGUUUAGCUUGCGGUUGGUGGAUCAGUUUAGCAAUGAGGCGUAUACGCUACAGCUGCAAGUGUGCACCAGUUUCAGCCCGCAGCUAAUGCACACACGCUCUAACUUGGCUCUGGUGGAGGUCAAUUUUCCUAGCGGAUAUGUCGUCAGUAGGAAGUCCUUAGUGGAUGAGACGAGAAGGAACCCAUUUAAGGAUGUGGAGGUACGAUAUGGCCAAACCUCGUUGGUGAUAUACUACGAGACACUUGGGCCGGAAGAGAACUGCUUCUCCGUGACUGCUAACCGACUGUUUAGGGUAGCAUUUCACCGCCAGGCGUACGUUAUGGUACACGAUACGUACGAUGAAAAGUUCAGAGCCAUAAAGUUUUAUCAGGUGCCUCAUGACGGUGCAGAUAUCCAGAGCUACCUCGACUGAGAAAGGUUUGUUUAGUACGAACUUAUGCCAUUCCAGCAGCAGUAAAUAAAAAGAACACAAUUACAGUUAAGAAA